AUGUUGUCGUUACUACGGUUAGCACGGUGUUCGUUUAGUAGUGGCUUCGUAACGUCAUUAUCACGAUCCCUUAGUGGUCAACCGAAGAAAUGCGUGAAUAUCACAUUCUCUUGGAAGAAUGGUCGUAAUAAGACCGUAUACGCCAAAAUAGGCGAUAACUUAUUGGACGUUGUGUUAGAUAAUGAUGUUGAUAUUGACGGGUUCGGCGCUUGUGAAGGUACAUUAGCGUGCUCAACCUGUCACCUCAUAUUUGCCAAGGAAGAUUUCGAUAAUCUGCGUGAUCCCUUAACGGAAGAAGAACAGGAUAUGCUAGAUUUAGCUUAUGGCUUGACUGACACAUCACGAUUAGGUUGUCAGGUCAAAGUCAAUGAGGACAUGGAUGGUAUAGUUGAUAGUACUGAUAUAAAGUUGCACAAGUCUGCCAAAUCAAUCCUUACGAAACCUCUUAAAUCAGAAAAUCCAGAAGAUUUUAAACAAAAACGAAAGAAUAAAAAUCUUUCCAAAUUAAAAAAAUAUAAAAAACGUCAGUUGAAAAAGAAACAUUCAAGUAAACAAAUAACAAAUGAACGGAAAAUAAUAAAAACAUUCAAUGAAAUACAAGAAGAGGCUUUAAACUAUCUAAGAAUAUGGCAUGAAGAUUAUGAAAACUGGAAAUUUAAAAAACUUCUACAAUCCUGGUUAAUAAAAAAUGCACUAAAUAGAAAAAUGGUUCCCAGUUCGGAGUUCCGAAUAUUUAAACAGUAUAUUAAAGGACUAGUUGGAUGUGCUCGACAGAAUUUAUUAAAUCAAUGCUCAAAGAUAAUGGAGGAACAAACUGAUGGGUUGGAGACAUGUACAGAACUUGUAAGUAGAGGAGAUAUGUCACCGGACAAUAUUAUUGGUCAGCAGAAGUCAGAAUAUUCAACUGCUAGAAAACGUGCAAAGAAAAUAUUUGCAGUUUUAUCAAAGACUUCUGAUGUUCAAUAA